GGGAAAGGGGCGUGUCUCGCACCGUCUUUCACUACCCUGUUUGCCCGUUCGUGAUAUAGGUAGCGCGCAAUACUAAAACAUACUACUAAUAUAUAUUACAUAUUACAUAUUACAUAUGUGUGUUGAACGUGUAGUUUGGCGCGAGAAGAUAACUAUCAAUAACUACCAUCACUACUAUACAAUACACUAUAUCGUCUAUCGUCAACGUGUCUCCGGAAUCUGGAUUUGGAUUAGAAACUGUGGAAACUUAUGGGAGUUGUCAUAUAUUGCACAAUUACAAGGUUAAAUACUUGAUCUACUUUCACUUUCAAAUAAAUAAAUAAAUAAAUAAAUGAUCAACAUCACUUGUUACAUUCAUUUCUAAUCAAUUUAAUAAUUUAACUGGCGUUCUAUAGUAAAUAAUAAAUUACUUAAAUUAUUUUAUUUUUUAUAUCUGUGUGUCAUAAUUAUAAUUAUUGAAAAAAAAAAAAUAAAAAUAUGGGUGGUAAAAAUAGUAAAUCAUAUUCCAUGAAAAAUAAAAAUAGUGAUGAUAAUAAAUCGGGUUUAAUGAUUACAUCACCAUCAUCAUCAUCACCAGCAGCAACAGCAGAAGCAGCAUUAUCUGGAGAUAACGAUAAUGAUUAUAUAGAAGGUAUUGUGUGUAAUGAAAAUGAUAUUGAAGAUAACCAAAUGAAACUGUUGGAAUUAAAAUCAGAAAAUGAUAGUAAUAAAGGAGGAAAAAUAUUAUUAAUUAAACAAAAAGGUCAGCUAAAUGCUAUUGGUACUAAAUGCACUCAUUAUGGUGCUCUAUUACAUACUGGUGCUCUUGGAGAUGGUAGAAUUCGUUGUCCUUGGCAUGGAGCUUGUUUUAAUAUUAAAACAGGUGACAUUGAAGAUUAUCCUGGUUUAGAUUCAUUGCCAUGUUAUAAUGUAACUGUUAAUAAUAAUGGACAAGUAAUUGUUAAAGCACGUAAAAAAGAUUUAGAAAAUAAUAGACGUAUUAUUAAAUCUUUAUCAUUACCCCGAGAAUUAAAUGAUGAUAAUAAUUGUUCAACAGUUGUUAUAAUUGGUGGUGGACCAGCUGGAGCAACAUGUGCUGAUACUCUUCGUCAACAAGGUUUUAAUGGAAAUAUAAUAAUGAUUUGUAAAGAAUCAGUAUUACCAUAUGAUAGAGUUAAAGUUUCUAAAAUAAUGGAUUUUGAUAUUAACAAAGCUUUAUUACGUUCACAAAAUUAUUAUGAUAAAUAUAAUAUUAUAACAAAAUUAAAUACUCAAGCAAUUCAAUUGGAUACAAAUAAUAAUUUUGUUAAAUUAAAUAAUAAUGAUAUUAUUAAUUAUAAUUAUAUAUUUAUAGCUACUGGAAGUAAACCUCGUUCACCUAAUAUACCAGGAAUUCAAUUAAAUAAUAUAUAUUUUAUGAGAAAUUAUUCAGAUUCUGUUGCAAUAAAUAAUAAAUUAUCAUUAGAUAAAAAUGUUGUUAUUCUUGGUCAAAGUUUUAUUGGAAUGGAAGCUGCUGCUUACUGUAUUGGUAAAUGUGCAUCUGUAACUGUUGUUGGAAAAAAUAAUAUUCCUCUUUCUAAUGUUUUUGGUGAUGAUAUUGGAAAAAUAAUUCUUAAUGAUUAUCAAUCAAAAGGUGUUAAAUUUAUAUUUAAUACAAACAUUGUUAAAUUUAAUCAUCAAUCAAUUGAUAAUGAUAAUGAUAAUGAUAAUAAUAAUAAUAAUGUUAAUUCUGUUGAAUUAACUGAUGGAAGUACCUUAAAAGCUGAUAUUGUUAUUAUUGGAAUUGGAUCUACUCCAUAUACAGAUUGGUUAAAAAAUUCAAACGUUAAUUUACGUGAUGAUGGUACUAUUAUUGUUGAUAAUUAUUUAAAAACUAAUAUUAAUAAUGUAUAUGCUGGUGGUGAUAUUGCUUAUGCUCCAGUAUUUGUGUCUGAUAAUAAUCCAGCUGCUAUAGGUCAUUAUUCACUAGCACAAUAUCAUGGUAAAAUUGCAGCUUUAAAUAUUUGUAAUAAAGAAAAACCUUUGAGAGUUGUACCUUAUUUUUGGACUACCUUGUUUGGAAAAAGUUACCGUUAUGCAGGUCAUGGACGUGCAUCAAGUAUUAAAAUUUAUGGAUCACUGGAUAAUUUUAAAUUCUUUGCUUAUUAUAUAAAAGAUGGUAAAGUUAUUGCUAUGAGUAGUGUAGGAAGUGAUCCAAUUGUCUCAGAUUUUGCAGAAUAUAUUUAUGAAGGAAAUACAUUGACUGAACAACAAGUCGAUGAUAAUCCAAUUGGUUGGAUGAGAAAUAAACCUGUUGAAUUGUUAAAAAAUAUUUUUUCUGAUAAAUUUAACACACUAAAUAAUUCGUUUUAUAAAAACAUUGGAUUUCAAAAGAAACACCAACAGCAGCAACAAAAUAUCAAAUCGUUUCAUACGUUAAUUUUAAACAAUAAUAAUAAUAAUAGUUAUGAAAGAUUAUAUAAAAUUAAUUUUUUAUUCAAGUUUCACAAGUACUUGAGAUUUUUCCGUCCUAUGUAAUUUUUAUGUCUAUAAUAUA